CCCGUUCUAUCUCCUUCUCCCUUGCUUCUGUUUCUCGUGGGAGUUCGUUAAAGAGCAGCGAGCAAGAUGCCUAAUCGUAAAGGCGCGCGCAACGCUUAUUAUUUUUUCGUGCUGGAGAAGCUGCCGGAGUUGAAACGACGAGGCCUGCCUGUGACGGGUGUGCCCGAUGCGAUCCCGCACUGCUCCGACGCUUGGGCGUUGCUGACUGAGAAACAAAAAGAAAAGUAUGCAGAAAUGGCACGUCACUGGAAAGCUAAGAAAUCAGAAGCAGCAGCAAAAAAGCCACCCAGCCAGGUCCCGGCACCUCUUCCCACAUUUCCUCCCACACAAACUGAGAAAAGAGUUCCUGUUGCAAACCUCACCAGUCCACCUGGGACGUCUGAUCAAGUUGUACUCGAGACCACAUUCUACUUCCUGAAUAUCUUCAGCCAUGGAGGUCUGCCCCCUCAUUGCAGUCAGCGUUUCCUCCCUUGUGAAAUUGGCUGUGUCAAGUAUUCACUUAAGGAUGGCAUAAUAGCAGACUUCCAUCACUUCACAGAUCCUGGAGAGGUGCCACGGGGCUUUCGCUUUCAUUGCCAGGCUGCAGGCGAUGCUACACAUAGGAUUCCCAUAUCUGGCUUUGAGCUUGCAACUGCAAAUCAUUCUGUUGUGUUACGUGAGCUAUACACAUUUAUUGAGCCACGUCGGGGGACCUGGCCACCUGUGUAUUGUAAGUUUGAUGACCAGUUUAGGGUCAACUGGUGCCUGAAACACAUGGCUAGAGAAGCAGGCACAGUAAAUUAUCUGGAGCUGCUCAGUGUGGAGGAUCUUGUUAUGGAGCUGUAUUAUCAGAAGCUUCAGAAGGAGCCUUCUAAGACGUGGGUGUGUAACACACUGGAUGCCUCCAUGUGGGAUUACUCCAGCAAUACUAGGUGCAAGUGGCAUGAAGAAAAUGAUGUAGUAUUCUGUGCUCUUGCUACUUGCAAGAAAAUUGCAUAUGGCAUCAGCAAUUCGUUAGCCAAUAUGUAUUGUGUCCAGCUAACUGCGUCUCACAUACCCUUGCGUGAAAAGGACUCCCAAAACACAGUAAAUCCUAAAAUGGUAGUACUGGAUGCUGGACGUUUCCAGAAAUUGAGAGCUGAGUACACUGGAAAUGAAAGGUACUUCAGAUCUCUUAAUCAGGAACAAAGUGCCACAUCUUGUCCUGGUGAACAUCCUUCAGGAGUGAAGACAACAUAUGAAACAAGCAUUAGGCAUGGAAGGGGAAUUGCUUGGUUUCUGGAAAGCAUCUCCAAGCAGUCCAGUGGAUAAAAGAUUGCAGUGCACUGCCUCCUAAUUCAGAAGAGCUCUGCAUAUCAUGAUUUCCACCAUCUUUGGGACAUCACAUUUCCUUAAUCUGUCACAUUAAAUAUUUUUGUUGAAUGGAAAAAAUAAUUCCAAUCCCAUUGUUUAGGGAAAUAUUUAAGUUUUUAAAGUAACAAAAUUUUGAGUUACUCUAGAGUGAGUUGUAAAGAAUAUUUUUCAACAUGCAGGAAUAUUCAAUGGAAACUUCAAGAGAUUGAACAAUGAAACCAGUAAGGCAUCUGUUUGAACUGAUGUCUGGAUUUUUGAAGCUUCUUUUGUGUGUUACCAAGGGAACAAAAUUUAUUUACACCUACUGAUGCCCUGCUGAAGUAAACCUUUGCUAAGUCGGGAUCAACUCGAAGGCAGUCCAUUUCAUUUUCAGGGUUUGGUAUUGUACCAAGUAUAUAUUUUUGUCGAAGUAGAAAGGUUUUAUUAUAAAGUCCUUACAUUAGCCUUACAUUAGUCUUAGAAUCAACAGACAAUUAUUGUAAAGAAUGCAAUCAGGUAACUUCUCCCCUAUCUUACCCUCAAAAACCUUUUAUAAAGUUCUCAGGUGCCACAGUGAUGUUAAAAGUUGUUUAAACGUCUUGGGUCUGUUUUCCUUUAGCAUUACACAUUCAGUAAUUUAGUUCAGAAGGCUUGUAAAUCUUAACCAUGAUACACUGGACUUGUAUGCUUAAUUAAAUUCAUCUUUCCAAUUUGGCUUGAUGUAUUCUGCAUAAGUUUUGUGGUUCCAAAUAUAGUAUGUAGUGUCAUGGAUAAAUGGUAA